UAGGACAGGAUGAGUGAAGGAAAUCGGAGGUGGUGAAAUGUCACGCAAGGAGUGAAAUCCCUCUCAUUUGCAGGCUUUGUGGAUGUGUAAUGGGAUGUUCCAGCCCAGUGGCCGUUCGUUCUCCUGGUUCGGGCUGUCGCUUUAAGACAAUGAUAACCCAGAGUCUGAUUAAUUCAAUGUACAGCGACGCGUUAGUGGAGAAACCUUAUUAGACGGACCAGCCCCACGCACAGACACAGAGAGAGAGAGAGAGAGAGGGGGAUACACCGAGCAGAAAGACAGGGCUGCAAAAGGUUUACUAAAAAAAUAAAUAAAUAAAAAAAUAAUCAAACAGAAGCUGAAGUUUGCAUUAAACCGUGGCUGUUUCUAACAUGAAGACAUCUUGAGGAUGGGCUGCACGCGUUUGGGAUAAAACUCAGCACCGACGCGCACGGAAAAAAAAAAAAAAAAAAAAAAAAAAGGUUAUUUUUUUUUUGCAGCGGUUCGUCACCAGCUGGAGUAAAAAUACAUCCACGUCCGAUUAAAGAAGGAGGAGGACAGAAGAUCGGAAGGCAUGUCGUCGGAAAAACACGGUCUUGACGACUCUGGACGUCAGACCAUGCAGCCCCCUCCUUACCUCCCUGGGCCGCAGGACCCUAACGCCCCCCCUCACCCCAACAUCCCGCCUGCACCCGGCACCCAGCCCAACUACCCCCCUCCGCCUCCACCUCCAGGAUCAGAGGGCUAUCUCCAAGAGACACAGUUCCACUGCACCCCACUGGGACCCCCAGGGGCUCCACAAGGCUACACAGUCCAGACCCAGGGUCCCGGAGGCACCAUUCCGCACCCCCCUGUAGGAUACCUUCAUCCGGGCUACCCCCUCCAGCUGCAGCCCUGCACAGCUUACGUACCUGUCUACCCCAUGGCGUCGGGUCAGCCCUAUAUGCCGGGCGGUGCAGGCCACCCAGGGAUCCCACCGGGACAGAUUCAUCCCAUGCAAAUGCCACCCAGCAUCACCCUAAUGGACCGCCGACCGCCGCAUGAUUAUCUGCCCAUCGCCGUUCUCACCACCGUCUGCUGCUUCUGGCCCACAGGCAUCAUCGCCAUCAUCAAAGCAGUGCAGGUGCGGACGGCGAUAGCCCGAGGAGACAUGGUUACAGCAGAAAUAGCCUCCCGUGAAGCACGCAACUUCUCCUUCAUCAGCCUGGCCGUCGGCAUCGCCUCCAUUGUGCUGUGCACCAUCCUCACCGUCGUAGUCAUCAUCGCCUCGCAGCACCACGAUGACGACUGGGAGCCGUAACCGCACGCAGCGUCAGGCAGAUGGAAAACUAUGGCAUAUAUUAGCUAGCUAACUACUCUCAAAGUGGAGCAAAUAGAAGCACUCAAACCGGUACAACUCUCUGCUACACACUGGGUCUAAAACGCAGGCACUUUGUGUACAGUUAACACCGCUCUGACCUAAAACACUACAAUCAAACACUCACUAACGACCAAAACACAGCCAAUCACAAACCCCCAAAUACAAGCAGCUGUCAAAUGAGGUCUGUUAACACGGAGAACCGCUUAAUAUUUACACUCACACAUGAACUGCAAGAGGUAUCUACAAUUCAUUUGGCAUCAAUUUGAAUAAUUCAUAGAGGCCUUCACUGGAAGAUGAAAGCAUAGGUCACUGUGUGUUUCAGUUUUAACAGUAAAAUCGAUUAAAUGGAGAUGAAAUUAUAGUGAAAUCACCCUCAAAGAUAGUUAGAUAUAAAGUAGUUCAACACACUUUUUAGUCAUACAAUGUACAUGUUUUCUUUGCUAUAAAAACAAAACAAAAAAAAAUAACAAAUGUGCCAUGCCAUGUGAAACAGUGUGCUGCUAUUGAUUUUCCAGAGCAGUAUUCCCACUGAUACACUUGCAUAAGAGACUGUCUGAUUUAGUGUUGGAGGGGUCGAUCAAUAUACAUCCAACACACCAAAUGAAAUCUGGACUGACAAAGUGACUGUCUAACAUAACCAAACAUGAAGUAUUUAUUUAAAAACCAGUUGUUUCUAUGUUACUGUUGGAUGAGAUUUUACUCUUUUUUUUUUUUUUUUUAAUUUUAUUUAUUGCAAACCUAUUAUUUAUUAUUUAUUAAAUAUCUACUCAUGCAUUGGAUUUUUCUGCUGAGCAUCACUAGUUUAUCACAUCUAUCUGACACUUUAAAAUUGGCUUAAAUUUGAUAUCUUAUGUGAUGAUAUUGCACUUUGUAGUAAUCAGAUGAGACAACACAGCUGCUUACAUUUCUAGAUAUUAUAGUGCAUGGUUAAUAUUCGAUUCAUUUUUGAUGCUAAUGGGCUUUAGUGCAGAGAAAAGCUUGUCUCCCAGCUGUGUUUCUGGAUCUGAAAUGUUCAUAUUUCUAGAAGUGUGUGAUCUUUUUCCAAUUGUUGAUCAAAGCUACUGUCAAAGCAACAGGAGAACAUUUAGACGAUAAGUAUUAACAAAUCUAGGGUCGACUUGGAACUAUUGCUUUCUCAAGUAUUUUAGAAGUGUAUCGGCCUAUUUUUGUGUUGCACAUCUCUUGCUAUUUAACCUCUCAGUCACUGUAUGUAAAAGAUAACUACUUUAGUGCAAAGUUAGACUUACGAGGCAACAUAACCCUGCAUGUCAUCCUCAGUUCGUUUCCAUUUGUCUUAAAUAUUAAAGCUACAUGUGCGGCUGUAACGUUAUUUCACAGGGUCCCUCCUCGUUCGGUUUCCCCCCGAUGUUUUGUAGCACCGAGCAGCAGCUGUGCCGCUGUUUGCAGGAGACGACACGGCUGUAACGUGACAGUAUGAAAGAAAAAUGUGAGGUUACAGGAGAAUUGAAAAUGAAUGUCUUUAAUAGGAGAGAGAACAUAUUAAUGCCUGUAACAGGGAUACUCAACUUAAAGCCUGCAGGCUAAAUCAGACCUGUGAUACGGUGCCAGCUGGCCCAGAGGGUAUCUUUUUUUU